UCAUAAUAACUUGUCAUCCAUUUGUGCUACGCGGGUACCCGUAGUAUUGCACCUCAACCUCCCGCUGACCAGGAAAAGUUGUUUGUAGCACUAGCACGGUUGCAUUACUCUAGCCGAAGGAACACCAGACUAACGUUACUGUCAGCUCAGCGCCAUGUCUGACAAGAGUGAGCUGAAGGCCGAGCUGGAGCGGAAGAAGCAGCGGCUGGCCCAGAUCAGAGAGGAGAAGAAGAGGAAAGAGGAGGACCGCAAGAAGAAAGAGGCCGAGCAGCAGAAGAAGGAAGCAGCUCAACCUCAUGAUGACUCCGAGCUGGACAGGAAGCGGCGCGAGGCGGAUGCUAUUCUGCAGAGCAUGGGCAUCACAUCUGAAUCGUGCGCCGUGCCUCCACCCAUGUCUCCCACUGCCAAAUCCGUGGGCACGCCAAGCGAGGCAGGCAGCCAAGACUCGGGCGACGGCGCCGUGGGACCCAGGCGCGGACCUGUGAAGCUGGGCAUGGCCAAGGUCACCCACGUGGACUUCCCACCAAAGGAGAUGGUGUCCUACACAAAGGAGACGCAGACGCCUGUGAUGACAGAGCAGAAGGAAGAGGAAGAGGAGGAGGAGGAGGAAGAGAUGGUUCCAUCCGAGCCUGCACAAGAGGUGGAGAAGGAGAAGCCAGCCCAGGGGAAUGAGGAUGAAGAGGCCCCUCCGCACGAGUUGACCGAGGAGGAGAAGCUGCAGAUCCUGCACUCUGAGGAGUUCAUGACCUUCUUCGACCACAGCACGCGCAUCGUGGAGCGUGCCCUCUCCGAGCACAUCGACGUCUUCUUCGACUACAGCGGCCGCGACCUAGAGGAGAAAGACGGAGAGAUCCAGGCCGGAGCCAAGCUGGUACUGAACAGGCAGUUUCAAGACGAGCGCUGGUCCAAGCAUCGCGUGGUUACCUGUCUGGACUGGUGCCCACAGUAUCCUGAGCUGCUGGUUGCCUCAUUCAACAACAACGAGGACGCCCCCCACGAGCCAGACGGGGUGGCCCUGGUGUGGAACAUGAAGUACAAGAAGCCCACGCCAGAGUACGUCUUCCACUGCCAGUCGGCUGUCAUGUCUGCCACCUUCGCCAAGUUCCAUCCCAACCUGGUGGUGGGGGGCACAUACUCGGGGCAGAUUGUGCUGUGGGACAACCGCAGCAACAAGAGGACGCCCGUGCAGAGAACCCCGCUGUCAGCCGCCGCACACACGCACCCAGUGUACUGUGUGAAUGUGGUGGGCACCCAGAACGCCCACAAUCUGAUCAGCAUCUCCACCGACGGCAAGAUGUGCUCCUGGAGCCUGGACAUGCUGUCUCAGCCGCAGGACAGCCUGGAGCUGGUGUAUAAGCAGUCCAAGACCGUGGCCGUCACCUCCAUGUCCUUCCCUCUUGGAGACGUCAAUAACUUUGUGGUGGGGAGCGAGGAUGGCUCUGUCUACACAGCCUGCCGUCACGGAAGCAAGGCGGGCAUCAGCGAAAUGUUCGAGGGCCACCACGGACCCAUCACAGGCAUCCACAGCCACAACUCCGGAGGGCCCGUCGACUUCUCCCACCUCUUCGUCACGUCCUCCUUCGACUGGACCGUCAAACUGUGGAGCACCAAGAACAAUAAGCCUUUGUACUCCUUCGAGGACAACUCGGACUAUGUGUACGACGUCAUGUGGUCCCCCACCCAUCCGGCAUUGUUUGCCUGCGUUGACGGAGUGGGUCACCUCGACCUGUGGAACCUCAACAACGACACUGAGGUGCCCACGGCCAGCGUGACGGUGGACGGCAGCCCAGCCCUGAACCGGGUGCGGUGGGCCCAGUCUGGCCGCGAGAUCGCCGUGGGAGACUCCGACGGACGGGUCCUCGUCUACGAUGUCGGAGAGCAAAUCGCUGUUCCGCGCAACGACGAGUGGACCCGCUUUGUGCGCACGCUGGCCGAGAUCAAUGAGAACCGCGACGACGCGGAGGAGCUGGCCGCCCAGCGCCUGCCUGCCUGAUCGCCAUGGAAACGUCAUUCGUUCGAAAGGGACCAGUUGCAGGUUUCCCGAGCGCCCAGCCCCCAUCCCCCCCACUCUGCGCAAAGCUGGUUGCAAUUCUGAGAAAAUCAAACAGAAAAAAAAGACAGGCAUGGUUGCUAUACAGCACUAAAACAGAAUGGCAUUUUCUUUUGGCAGUAGCAUAGUACGAUUUCUUCAAGUUAAGAUACAGAUAAGAACUUCUCUAUGGGCAAGUAAUUUCUCUUCACCAGGGCUAUUCACCACAGACAAUGACACACGCACACACACACACACACACUGGAAUUUAAGUACAACAAUGGUCGUACUUACAACAACUCUGUAACCAAAAAGCCUUAAAUAGAUAUUUCUCCCAGAGACCCCACUGGACUUGUGGCUGUAUCAACCUUAAAUCACUUCUUAUUCAGUUCUAUCAGUGCUGGGGACUCGCUGGGUUCUCCUGUCUAGUACCCCCAGAAACCUCAUAAUACAAGGAGGACUGUUCUCUUUAACACCAGUUCUCCAGUAAAAGCAUUUAUUUAUGAUGAGCUGUAAUGGAGGGAUGACAUCCAGUGUCUGUAUUAUGUAAGACAAUGUUUUACCACUAGGCUCUUACUCCUUAUGGACCCGCAGUCUGUUUGUAAACUGUAAAUAGGGGAAUAGCUUUUCUUGGACUUCUUUGAAUGUCUUUGUAGAUCACCUUGAACUCUUUGUUCUGAAGCCAUAUGCCAUUCAAAUCUGCUCAUGCAUUCAAUCUUUGAUAUCAGGGCAUCCUACACAAUCUCAUGCUGUACCAGUGGAAGCUCAGGAAGGCCUUUUAAAAAAUCUCUAAUGUGUAUUCAACUUACCUGAGCGAAACCCACAAAGAAUGUUGACAGUGUAAUGUAUGCUCCACAGAAAUCAAAUAAAAAAACACAAAUCGAAAAAA